CGCCUCAGUCCAGACGUAUCUGAGAAGCGCUUGCCUAUUUUCUUGUCCAUCCAGCUACUUUUUUUUAAUUCUUUGCUUCUUGGGGGAUGUAUUAUUAGCUCAUAGUCAUGUUUAACAUGGCUCUACCUUGGGGUAGGACGACGUAUUAGAACACUGCCCUUUUAUGCCUUGGCUGGAAUAUAUAUACGUGGUGAAAACAGACAGAAGCAAGACGUGGCAUCCGUUGUGCAGGUGCCUGUCCAUUCCAGCCGAGCCUCAGCGUGUUGUAGGCGGUUGCUCCACACAGGAAGACAGGAGUGUAGAAAACAACAAAGAAGAGUGGUGAUGUGAAGUGAAGAAGGAAACAAAGAAAGUCAACAUGACGCCAGUAGAUCAGCUGGACCAGUAAUGAACACAAUCCAGCUACAAGGAUCUGCACCAAUACACGACAAUCAUCUGCACUGUGAUUCGAUGAUGAAAGGGAAAGUGAACACUGCUGCUGAGAAGAUCAAUCACACUAAAAGUACAAACAUGGUGUCAGAAGUGUCUCAAGAAGUCCAACCUUGUGCACGGACAUCCCGAACGCCGAGAAAGACAGCUACAUUUGGGAAACGCUCCAACUCGAUGCGCAGGAAUCCUAAAGCAGAAGUCUGCAAAGCAGGGUGGCUGUACAAGCAGGCCAGUAGCGGAGUGAAGCAGUGGAACAAGAGGUGGUUUGUCCUCUCUGACAGAUGUCUAUUCUACUAUAAAGAUGAGAAGGAGGACACUGUGCUAGGGAGUUUGCCUCUGCUCAGUUUCAGGAUUGGAGGAGUGCAGCCUUCGGAUAACAUCACCCGCAAGUUUGCCUUUAAGGUGUGGUCGGAAGAGGAAGAGGAGCACGAAGAAAAUGGGGAGUUGAAAGCCCCUGUUGUGUUUUGCGUACAGGCGGAACAUGCUGGAACCAGGACAUAUUACUUCAGCACAGACAGCUAUGAAGAGCAAAAGGAGUGGAUCACAGCCAUGAGUGAGGCUGCAGAGGUCAACGUUAAUCCAUCCCGCAGAUCAAAUGCGGCUGUCGCAGUGGACCAGGCCAUGGUGACAAGAAACACCGAUCCGCUAAUAGAACUGAAAAAAGAGACAGCACCAAACAAAAAUGACAAUGGGGUAGACAACUUGGAAACAGCCUCUCUGUCAACUCCUUGUUCUGAUCAGGACACAGUGAAGAACAAUGGGAGACAAGAAGACUGUGGAGGAAAAACUGAAGAUGAAGGUGGGGGUCCCGGUAGUGGCCAUUUUCAAACAAACCACAAUCCAAAUGGUUGGAGUAAGCAUUUCCCUCCCAGCUCCACGCCCCAAAACUACAACGGUAAACCCCCUCAAUCACAAAGUCACAGCACUUGUACACCUCAAAAACAACCCCAAGCGAGUGUCAACUCACCCAAUGACCCAAAAGAACAGCACCAGAAUGUGGUGUUGAGGAGGGGUUUUGUUCCCAGAACUGCCCCCGAGAGAGUGGCCCAAAGGAAAAGCUCAAUGGCACAGCUACAGCAUUGGGUCAACCAGCGCCGGGUCGUGGUGUCCCAGGAGGACAUGAACAGUCCAUCCCAUCAUUACCCAGUGAGCCAAGGCUUCAACUACUAUGGCCACUCUCGUGGCCCACAGUAUUUGGAGGAGUACCCGCUGUACCCACCAGGAGUCCGGCCUGACAGCAUUUGCUCCGUCUCUGCAGUGGGGGGAUAUGACCACCGCUGGACUGUCGAGGAAAAGCGGCACUCACUGAGGGACGGGCCUCACCAGUUUUAUGGUCCACCAACGCCCAGGGACUCUUGGGGACCACAUUACUAUGGUGGAGUUGAUAAGUCUAUGAGACGCCUGUCCAUCCAGCCGCGUUCCAGAUCUGUGCCCAGGUCACCAUCCUUGUCCUCCCGAGGGGCCUACUCGCCAGUAUCGCACAACUUUGCCUCACCGGUUCGAUCACCGUCGGCACGGUUUGACCGGUUUUCGGGGAGAAUGAGGGAUGACGUGAUCUACGCUGAUCCGUCUGUCUAUAACCUAAGGAGAUCGCUCAGCUCGCCAAAGUAUGACUACUCUGGUGAUAGGAGGUCCAUAAAUCAAGGACUAUUGCACCACAACUACCCCGUAUCCCCUUCCAUCCACCAUAAAAUGGACGACAUAUUAGAUCUCCAGCUCCAACGCAACUUGGAUUAUUUAGACCAGCAGCUGAAUCUUCAGGUGCUGGAGGGAAGCCGGUUAUUUGGUAUGGUUACUCGAAGGGUGGAGAGGUCCUCCUCUGCAGCAAAGCUCUGCAUACAAGUGCCUCCUUUCCAUGAUGUCUACAGAGAGUUACACCCAACACUGAAGCUCAAUGAAAUCGAAACGAGUAAACUCUUGGGCCGGCUCUGUGAACAGAAUCACAUUGUGAAAGAUCACGAAGCAGUUGUCCACAGAUUACGAAUGGACAAGGACAGCCUCGAGGAGGCGUUGGUGGCUACUCAUCAGGAGAUGGAGAAGUACCAUAAUCAGCCUAUGGUCUUGGAAAAGCUUCAUAUCAAAAAGGAAACCCUACAAAACCAGCUAAUCAACAUCAGAGGGGAGCUUUCCCAGGCCUCAAAUUCUUUAAAUGCCACUCGUAUGGAAUUUGAAGCUUUAGAGGAUGAGGCCCAUGCCAUUCACGGAGAUCUAUGGGAACAACUUAAUGCAGGUGUCCAGAGCGAAUUGGUUCGAAGGCACAUCCAGAAAGAGUUUUGGAGAGUCCAGGAUGUACUAGAGGGCCUACAUAAGAAUCACUCAUCCAGAGGCACUGACACAGCAAAGCACAAAGUGGCCAGUGGUGCGUCAGGCUCCUUUAGCACCAAUAGUCCAGCCAGUCCCCUCAGCUCAGUAAGCCUCACCAGCCCUCUCAGUCCUUACUCCCCAGUGCCCGGGUCCCAGGUCUCUCCCUCUAAACAGCUGGGCCCGGAGGAAAGUGCUCCCCCAAGACCCCCCCUCCCCAAGUCCUAUUUCCCUUUGGAAUCUUCCACUUCCUUCACCCCUUCUAUCUCCUCACUGGCCUUCGACAGCACCAUCUGGCUACGCAACUUGGGCAUCGAUGAUGGUUACUUUGAUGUUGAAGAUUCUCACAUCAGAAAGAUGCAGUUUGGAGAUCAGAACUAUAUGAGUGAUCCACAAGACCAAGGCCCGGAAAGGCAAUCCACCAUGAAUAAUAAAGUUGGUAUUGUCCCUCCAAGAACCAAGUCACCCGCUGACGAUUCAACGAGCUGGUCUGCUGGAGUUUCUCGUCAUAAUGGGAGAAUGCCUAAUGGGAUUUCUAGGGAACGUCCAAAGAGUGCUGUGUUUCCAGCUGAGCUAAGGUCCAAAAUGAGUGUGGAGGAACAAAAUGAAAGGAUCCGACGCAACCAGAGCAGCUCUGUACGAGACAAAAGGAGGAGUCUUAAUCUCUCAGGCGGGCAGUCUUCAGUGAGCUACAAAGUGAUUCGGCGGCGGCUCACAGCUCGUGAGAUUGACAUCAAUGACUUAGAGGCAGCAGUCAGGGGACCGGGACUAGAGUCACCUCGUGAGGAAAUUGCCCGUUUGAGACGGUCACAGGUUGAACCAGAACAUUAUGACCUGGACAUUAACAAAGAGCUAAUGGCUCCAGACAAGGUUAUGAUCCCAGAGCGCUACCUAGAUGUGGAAGAAAACACCCCUCUAAGCCCAGAGGAACAGAAGGAAAAGCAGAAGAAACUCGAGCGCAUUAAGACCCUGAUUGCCAAAUCCAAUCUGCAAAAUGUUGUUCCUGCCCUGGAUGGCCCUGUCGAAGGUGGAGCACCAGUCAAUUCUCAGCAGCAAUUGCAGGAGCAGGAGAAGCGCAUUGAGAUCUCCUGUGCUCUGGCUGCUGAAGCAUCUCGUCGCAGUCGCCUUCUCUCGGCUCAGUGCGCCCCAGAUCCCCCCACUACCCCAACCAGCCUGCAUCCUCCCCCUUCCUCCGCCGACUUCCCCACCUCCUCAUAAUGAAUGCCUGAAUGGGACCAGCUCAAGCCCUGUCUGCUGUCAAGUUUGAUGGAGCAUCUUUUUGAGGACUUACUGUGUGAAAUUGACAAUGAAGAUUACCUCAAACAAGUGACAUGACCUGAUCUAACAAAAGCAUGGCAAGCCGUCAACAUGGCGACGAGGGAAAUAGAGCAUCUCUACUUCAAAGGAAUCUGCACAGACUUCAAGAUUUAACACCCCAACAUUCAAGUCAUCCUACGCUUUACCUCCAAGUCAAUGGCCAGUAUAAACUGCUUGUACCCUGAGGCUGUACAAAAGCUCGAAAGCGUAGUCUAUCUCGUGCUUCAAAACGUGUCGCGUGGUACAUGUCAACAGAACGUAGCUAACAAAGUCGAGUAUGACCGAUGGGCUGUGUGCCAGUGAAAGAAAUGAACGUCAGCAAACGAAGGUUGGAUUAUUAAACAAUUUACAUUUUAACAAGAUAAUGUUAAACUGUUCAAGAUUGAGUGCUCAAUGAGAAGACCACGCCGGAUGCUUUUGGACCCAAAGAGUUUCAUUUGAGGUUGGGCGUUUUAACCACAGUGAGAGUCAUGGGAACGUUGACUAGCCUUUUUGCCCUUGUGGAAAAAUAGAAUUGAACUUUGGUGAUCCUUUGGUAUCCAUUCCAACGAAGCCCAAUUUUAAACUUAAUGCUACUAAUAAUUUAUAAUUUAUAUCAGGAGACCCAAAGGUGUUGAACAUAAAUUUGUCCGGGUAACAUGUUUUCCUGUAGCACCGACUUAGAGUUCUAUUUCUAGAGGCUGCACAUAUAUUCACAAUUGUGACACAAUGUCUUUUUCUCCUUGAUGAAAUGGUUGAAAGGAAAAUAAACAGUUUGAGCAGGGGUGCCCAACCUUUUUUGACCCAAGAUCGAGUUUUCAAGCAACCAACCUCCCACGAUCGUCCCGUUACCACACACGCACUCACUGACACACGCACUCUAUGAUAAGCAACAGCCAUAACGGCCCACAACACGAACGAAACAGAACAAUAAAAUAGAUACAAGAGCUAGUGAGUUUGUAAAAAGGAAUAAAUGCCUACCUUAGUCGAGACAUGACGUGGUAUGGGAAGCACUUUUACAGCGUCUAAAGUGCAACACCGUCACGAUCAUAGCGCACGUGUACCGUUUUAAAAAAGCUUCUCCGGGCUCUCCAAAUUCCCAUUCUUUACCAGUGCCGUCAAUGAAUUGCACAUGAAACAAACUUUGAAUGAGAAUAAUAAAAAAUAAAGCAGAUAUAGGGCAACAGAGCUAAUCGCAAGCUGCAAGUGCAGACUGCUGAGCGCUAACAACUUCAGGUGAUGCAAGUCACGCGCCACCGUAGGUUGAAGGUGAACUACUUUUGAAACUGAGAGGAUGCUUAGGGUGCAGUGUGCACUAACACAAAAAUAUAGAAUAUUAAUAACACGCACACAGACAUGCAUUUUCUUAAUUUUUUUUUUAAUCCAUUUCCCCCUAGACCCCACGCGAUUGACUUUGGGACCAGUUCACGGGCUACCGGUCAAUCGCGAUCAACUGGUUGGGCCCCCCUGAGUUAGACUGUGUGUCCCAAAUAUGUGGGCUUUCGACCACAAAUCCUCCCAAAGGUAAACAUUUAUCCAAGGUCAUCAUUUCCAUUUCUGCUGCGGAUACAGGAAACCAAUUCUUAAUGAGGCAAAAGGAUGGAAGGCCAAAGCAAUAUUUAAUGAACAAAACAAACAUAUAUGUAUAUGUGUACAUAUAUAUAAAAUUCUACUCCAGUGAUUGUCACCACACAUGAGUUUGGAAUCUUGGAUCUUUGUUUAAAAGUAGCAAGCUACACACGUUCACUGGCUAUAGAAGUGACCUUAGAAAUUGAAUUGAAAAAUUGUCUGUGGAAGUUAGCUAGGAGGAAAUACUGUACAGUACCUACAAAAUACGGUCUUGUGACAAAAUGGUUAUAUUUCAUGGAAACAUGCUGUGCCAAAUGGCUAAAAUGUGGUGAGCAUUUGUAACAAUUUUUGAUUGACAGGGUGACAUUCAUGAUCGUUGACAUGCCAUGAGUUACGACGCAGGUGGAAACAAGUUUUAUUUUCAAAGACUCAUUUAGUGCCAAUAAUCCUAAACUCCAAAUUGACCAGUAUAAUUCGAUCCAUUCCUUGAUUUUAAUUGACUCCGUACAUGUGGAUGAAAACUCACUGGUCAAUUAAAUACUUAUAAAUAAUGUAUAGUUGUACUUUUUGGGGCUUUACGUCUGUUUACUAUGGCACUUUUUUUGGGUCAAUUUAUAGCUUUAAGAGGUUCAAGUGAAACAAAUCAAUUUCAGUACUUUGGGGGUUAGAUUUCUUUCAAUAUGUAUUCACAUAUCAAUUGUUCGAUUCAAGGUGUUUUUUGUUUUUUUUUAAUGUGCGUCAAACCCAAUUGCAGAUGCGUGUGGCUGACUUUCCGGCCAUGUAAAUGAUUCAAUCAAGUUCAUCUCUCAAAAGGAGCAUUUUUAAAGCAGGAUAAAUCAAUGAUAAAGUCAACUCCAUUGAAUCUUUUCCACAUGCCCCUGUUUUGUCUUUGUGUAUCACAACCCAUAACAUAUUUCAUUCUCCUCGAUGCACCUCGAUGUCCAAGUGGCCUGUCUUUGUUCAACCAGAUUUCAAGGAAACGUUCCACAAAUUUGGGAAAAAACAAUUUCUUGCCGAAAGCAGUUAAGAUCCUCACCACACAAAGCAAAACAAAGACUUAUUAGAUGAUCUAUAUAUUUUUUUCUUUUACAAUUUUUUAAGAAAGGGAAUAUGCUCAUUCAGUGGCAGUACUUAUAUUUUUUGACGCAGGGAAAGAUAAUAACAAGAUGUAAUUUUUACACAUUUCAUCGACAAAAGAUUUGUUUUUACGUUUGUUUUCUCUGUUGGAUAAAACACAGAUUGAUAUUUUUCACUCAAUGAAAUCUGACAUGCAAAGAUGAUUUCAGUCCGCAAGUGGUUUUCAAUAUUGGUAGCAUAUGUCAAAUUCACGGCUGAAAAGAAAUAAUUGGCCGGGUUUUAUGAUGUUCUCAGAAUCCAUUCGGUUAUCCUUCUAUGAUGGAUUACAACUACUCCUUUGAGGGAAACAUCUACCAACUGCUUAAACUAUGCAAAUUAUUAAAAAAAGAGAUGUGUGUGUACGUGUGUGAGAGAGAGAGAGAGAAAGAGAGACAGAGUGAGAGAAAGAGAGAGAGAGAGAGUCAAUAUGCUUGCUUUCAGAAAAUUUUGCAAUAAAGUGAAUGUAUUCAAAUGUCUUUUUUUCCAGAUGCUUUAGAACUCACCACGGUACUUUGUAUAAGAAAAUAUUGUUUGGAAUGAAUAUACCGUAUAUUGGUAUGCUCGUGAACUCCACUUGCUUAUGAGGUAUUUCACUGCCAAUACACUUGAGACUACUGAGGUGAAACCUGCUUCUCAUCAAUAAGCGCACUCAUUAUGAUGAUGAUGAUGAUGCUCUUCAGUCUUGCUGUAUGUCCAAAUAAAAGGUUAAACAAAA